ACCGCCCCCCACCGCUGUGCGCAUGCGCGGGGCCGUCCCGGCGGUGGCGGCGGCUGCGGCGAUGGGCGGGCGGUUUGUCCGCGCGUUGCGGGCGUUCAACGUGGAGAGCCGGGCCCACCGCGAGAUCAGCAAGGAGAAGCCCACGCCCGCGCCGCACCACCCCACCACCCGCCUGGACGCGCUGACCGAGCACCCGGCGAUACGCGAGAAAGUCUACAGCAAGGACGACAGGCUGCUCACCUUGUUGAAAGACGUUUAUGUUGAGUCUAGAGAUCCGCCGGGGCAGGUAAAAGAUGGAGGUGGUGAACAUGUUCCAUGUAAACACGAGGAAAAGAGAAUUACAAAACUAGGUCAAUUUGAAGAUCUAGAUAUUAAGAAAGUUACCAAAGGCAAAAUUUCCAUUGUGGAGGCUCUGAUGCUUCUUAAUAAUCAUAAACUUCAUCCUAAGGUAUGGACUGCAGAGAAAAUAGCAGUGGAAUACAGUCUGGAACUGACGGAAGUCAACUCUCUUCUGGAAUUCUUCAUUCCUUUUACCAUGCAGGAAUUUCCUAAAGAAACAAGAAAAGCUAUAAAACCAACAUAAAAAUAAUUACCAAAACCUUGUGUGAUCUUA